AUGUCGCUUGGUUACAAGGAGUGCACAGAGCUGUCCCUAAUCACAGAAGGGACAAAUGACAGCAGAGUAUCACCUCAUCCAGUGGCAUCGCCCAGGCACCUCUGCUUCUCUGCACCCUCUCCAGAGCCUCCUCGCAACUAUUUCUCUCCCAGGUCUUGUACCCACAGACUGUAUAAUAAUAACAAUGAAUCGUGAAUAAAUGAAAACUUUUUAAAAUCGAAGUUUAUCUUUCUGCCCUGUAUGUAUUCGUUUGUUUUUAUCUUAGGGCUAGCAGGAAAUGCUCUGGUCUUCAUCAUACUAGUCUUCUAUGAGAAACUGAAGACACUGACAGAUAUAUUUUUGUUGAACUUGGCUAUAGCUGACUGGAUCUUCCUUUGGACACUGCCAUUCUGGGCAUAUUCUGCUGCUCAGGAGUGGAUUUUUGGCACUGUGGCAUGUCGUAUUAUACGGGGCCUGUACAAUCUGAACUUGUACACUUCAAUGUUAACUCUAACGUCUAUUACCUUUGACAGGCUUAUUGCUAUUACUUUUGCCACCAAAGCACAUAUGUGUCAAACCAAACGAAUGAAAUGGGGCAAAUUAAUCUGCGGCUUGAUCUGGGUGAUUUCACUCGCAUUUGCCACACCACAGCUUAUUUUUAGUGAUGUGUUUACUAUUGAUAAGGCAAUAUGCCUGGAAAAAUACCCAAACCACCACACAGAAUUGGUUCUUGAAGUUAUUCAAGUGACCCUUGGCUACUUUAUUCCCAUGCUAACCAUGAUCAUCUGCUACUCCCUAAUUAUUAAAACCUUACUGCAUGCCAGGAAUUUCCAAAGGAACAAAUCUCUCAAAAAAAUAUUUUCUGUAGUUGUUAUAUUUAUUCUUACUCAGUCACCCUACACUUUCUUGAGACUGAUGAAGAUCAUAGACUGGACAUUUAAUUUGGACAGCAACUUUGACUACGCAAUUGUUAUAACAGAAGCUCUUGCUUAUUUCCACGGCUGUCUUAACCCUGUUAUGUAUUUCUUCAUGGGGGUGAAAUUCAGGAAGAACUUCCAGAAAAUUAUUAAAAACUCAAGAUGCUUUAAACAGCAAGUUACUGUUAAACAGUGGCACACCACUGAAGAGGAAGGCUCUAGAACUUGUACUGUCUCAAAUAAUGCAGAUGCAACAAGCAUGUACCCUCUAUAA